AUGAGCUCAAGCGUUGAGUGUUACCUUGUUCCCCGGACGGACGACGCACCUAACAGCCGACUUCCGAUCCUUGUCUACCGCGAUGUGCUACCUCAACCGAGAACCGAAGAGACAGCAACAAGAUUUCUGACCACGCACCGUUGGGAAAAAAGGGGAACUUGGGGACAUAUUGCCAUUCGCCAUUUCCAUCCCAACAGCCAUGAGUGCUACGGGAAGAUUCAGAAGGGGAAGGGCGUAGAAGUCCCCGUGAAGGCAGGGGAUGUUGUCGUCCUACCCGCUGGAACAGCCCAUUCAUCCCUGGAAAGCUCUUCGGAUUACAGGUACAUAGGCGUAUAUCCAAAGGGUUGUCCCAAGUGGCGGAAUGAGAUGGGAAAGAAAUCCUCGGCUGUGUUUCUGGACACUAUCGACGAAGUAGAUACACCGGAAGAUGAUCCUGUGUAUGGGCCCGACGGACCAUUGCCGAUGCUAUGGAGACACACUCCUCGCGCCAAGCUGUAG